AUGAAUGUUACCCUGAUAAGCCAUAUGCCAGAACGCAAUAUUAAAGAGAGUCUGAGAGCACGCCAGAUUUGCAACAAACAGACGCUGUUCUAUACACGGGACACUUCAGCGAAAGUGUUCUACGAAAAACGCUGCCCCUUCAUGGGUUCAUGUCUCGGUAACAAGUGUAGAACCCUGCAGCAGGAUGAAAGUAUUCCGGAACUAUAUGACGCCGAAAAAUUCCCUGGCUAUUCCAUGUGCAGUUCCACCUGCGCAGGUCUGGCUUGUGGUUGCCUAACACCAUUUCCAGGCUGCCUAUUCUAUAGAGUUGCGCAAGUACCGAAGAGUGAGGCAAUAUACCACAUAUUCAAGUGCGCCUCGUGGAAUCCUGAAAUCCACAUUUCGCUCGAAACAACCUUCACUGGAACCACAACGAGCAAUCCCUUGCAGUUACACCCAUACGUGUCAAAAAUGAUAGAUGGAUGGGACAUCAAGGUAACAUCACUGCAACAUAUCAUACAUGCCGCUCUAAGUAAGCGCUUCGCAGAAUCCGCAGCGGGAUUCAAAAUGCUAGGCGAUGCAUUCAAAAUCGCCGUCGAAUGUCCAGAUGAGAACACUGCUAGAAAACACUUCGCCAAUUGUUCAAAUGAGGUGGUUUGCUCGUGUAGUCACACAAUGGCGGCCGCACAAUGCGUCUGCCCUCAAAACAGUUUUCAGGAACCGCAGAACUCCACCACCAACUUGCCAGCCAUAGAGCCUCACCUAAACAUUACUGCUUCGGAAACAGUGAUGAUUGACACAGACGAUACCGAGGUGAUACAAAAAGGAACAGCCAGUAAUGGAAAUUGGUGGAAUAAUCUCGCAAUUCCAGACAUCAGUCCUCUUCUUGGCACGAUAACUAAAGCACUGGAAAAUAACGGCUGCGGUUAUCGGCGGUUUUACAGUAAUCGGACUACUUGUAUACUUCCUUGGACCUACAGUAAUAAUCGCCAUAAUCCGUAUACUCACCGCCAUCAUCCUUGCACUCCUACGAACCUUCUUCGAGUGCGUCACCAAUCUUCUCUCCCUCUUACGUCGAUAUCGCAACGAAUAACACAUUCACUCAGCGGGCCUUGGCUCCGCGCCAGUGCUUGUCAAAAUAUAUAA